AUGCGUUCCUACCGCGUUUCUUCCCCUGCAGAACACGGAGACGCUGCUGUCGCUCGGCGCACUGCAGCUGCUGCUGCCGCUUGCGCAGGACAGCAUGGCGUCCGUGCGAUCCGCUGCGACGCUGUCGCUGGGUCGCCUGGCGAAUGUGUAGCACACGCGGUCGCAUCACCUCGUGCAGCGCAACGUGCUGCCGUCGCUCUUCAAGGCGCUCACGUCAGUCCUGCCUUUAACGGCACCAAUCGCCACCACAAGGGCGCAGCAGCAUAUCUAGUCAAGGCCGUGUCACGCCACGCUGGCGCUGAGCUGGCAGAGGCGGGCGUGCUGCCGUUGCUGACGGAGUGCCUUCUGGAUGCCAUGCUGGCGGUACGGGAGACUGCUGCAUGCGCAUUGGGCCACGUGGCGAAGCACAGCGGGGACAUGGCGAUGAGAGUGGUUGAGACGGUUGCACAGGAUGAGGCUGUGGCGCGGAUAGCCCUCUCAGUGCUGAGUGACGUGGCACGCCACUCCCUGCUGCAUGCUACAGCCGUGGCCGAUGCGGGCGGCAUUACCGCCACCGCCUCUCUGUUGGGAUCACCUGACAUCAAGACAAGGCGUCAGCAAGUGUUGGACCAACACGGAGCAUCUCACCUGCUGCUCUACCUGCACGACUCGUCCCCCUCCCUGCGGGCGUCAGCAGCAGCAGCAGUGAGAGAGGUGGCGAGGCAGGGACCAGCAGCAGCAGGCCAGCUGGUGGGCAUGGGGGGCAUUGGGCCGCUUCUUGAUGCUUUGGCCGCAUGGAGGGACGAGGGCGAGGGGGAGGGCAUGACAAAGGGCUCUGCCAAGGUUGCAGGUCAGUGA